AUGGCAAAGGGUAAGAAGAAAGGUGGCAAGAAGGCAGAAACAUCUACACGUCCUCCUGUUCCUGCACAAGAUACCAAAGCUGAGAGUAGUUCAGCAGAGCUGACGGAUUUGCAGGCCUUAGUGAAUGUAGCAGAAGAAGCAGAGGCAAAUCCCGUGAUACCAGAUAAAGAACCAGAGGAGACAGAGGAACUUCCAGUCCAAGAUGUUCCUCGAUACUGUGAGGAGCCUAUUCUUAGUCAAGUUAUUGUAAAAAGCUAUGAAGGUGAAAAAGUCAAUGGAUUGUAUGAGGGUGAAGGAUUUGCACUUUUUGAGGGGGGAAAUACUUAUAAGGGCAUGUUUUCUGAAGGGCUUAUGCAUGGACAAGGGACUUACACGUGGGCUGAUGGAGUGAAGUACGAGGGAACAUUUGUUAAGAAUGUGCAGAUGUUUAAUGGCCGUUACACAUGGAAUGAUGGCAGCAUUUAUGAAGGAUCAAUUGAGAAUGGAAUUAGGCAUGGAUUUGGGUUUUUCAGGAGUGGUACUCGUCCUGUUUCUUACAUUGGCUAUUGGUGUAAAGGCAAACGACAUGAAAAGGGUACCAUUUAUUAUGAUGAGGAACAUACUUCUUGGUAUUCAGGCGACUGGGUAAAUGAUGUCAAAGAAGGAUGGGGAAUGAGACGCUAUAAGUCUGGAAAUAUCUAUGAAGGUCAGUGGAAGAAAAAUGUACGUCAUGGAAAAGGAAGAAUGAGAUGGUUGACAGCUAAUCAGGAGUAUAUGGGGCAGUGGGUGUAUGGCAUACAGCAUGGAUAUGGCACCCACAUAUGGUUUUUGAAGAGAAUGCUUGUGUCUCAGUAUCCUUUAAGGAAUGAAUAUGUAGGUGAUUUUGUAAAUGGGGAACGACAUGGACAUGGGAAGUUCAUAUAUGCCAGUGGAGCAGUGUAUGAUGGUGAAUGGGUUUGCAAUAAGAAACAUGGCAAGGGCAAGUUUGUCUUCAAGAAUGGCCACGUUCAUGAAGGAGAGUUCAUAGAUGAUCAUAUUGUAGAAUAUCCUGCUUUUCAAGUGGAUGUAGUGAAUGCAAAAAAGCUGGAUACCAUUUGCACAGGAAGUAAUUUUGGCACUGAAAACAUCACAAUCAUUAAUGGCUCAGAAGAGACUUCUAUUUUGGGAUCAAAUGUUGGGUUGGAUAUAUCUUCACUUCUUGACUUGUUGCCAAGGGAAGUGAGACAUGAAGAAGCGAAACAAGUAGAAUUUGCUGUUUUGAGGCAUAUUAUGGAACUGAGAAGAAUUUACACCUUCUACAGCCGCUUAGGCUCUGAUCAUUCUCUUGACAAUGCCUUCUUCAUGAAUAAGCUUCAAUUCUGGAGAUUUCUGAAGGACUGCCAGUUUCAUCACUCCAACAUAACUCUUGCUGAAAUGGAUCGGAUAUUGAGUGGUGAUCAAACACCACUUGAGGAGAUACAUUGUCCACAUGAGACUUUACUGUUCAGAACAUUUUUAUCUUACCUUACUCGUCUAGCAUUUCAUAUCUAUCGUGAAGAGCACAAAGAGAAGGGUCCUUAUCUGCAUAAGUGUUUCUUAGAAAUGAUGUCCAGGAAUAUUAUUCCAGCUGCCUGUCAUAUCCAAGGUGUCCUGUUUUCUGAAGAACAAUGUACAGUUGUUGCCAUGAGCUACAUAGACAAAUGCUGGGAAAUAUACAGAGAUUUUUGUAGACCAAGUACCAGACCUCCAUUUGAACCCACAAUGAAAAUGAGGCACUUCCUUUGGAUGUUCAAUGAUUUUAAACUUCUCAGCAAACAAUUAACUGCUUCAAGACUUGUGGAAAUACUUGUCAAAGAUGGUCCCCCUCUACCUGAUAGCAGUAGUACCAACCUGGAGGAGGAGAUGGUUUUUCUUGAAUUUGUUGAGGCUCUUCUUGAAUGUGCGUUGGUGUUUGUUACCAGUGAUAUGAUUAAGGAGCAAGUAGAUCGUGAGAAUCAGAAAAGAAGUAGCUUUAGAAUCGAGGGUCUCUCCAAGGAAACCACAAAGGUGUCUCCGUACCCAGAAUUUUCUCUGUCCCAGUGCACGUACAGCAGAAGUAUAAUUGAUACAGACAUAAAUGAUGAAGUUGAGGCAGCUGAGCUUUAUGCUUGCUCAUGGUUGUCUUCAAGCAAAAAUGUAUCACAAGACAAAAUAAAGAAACAUGAGCCACUGAGACCUUUUGAAGACAGAGAGCAUCCUCUUCAAGAGUUUCUACUGGGUACUGGCCUCUCAUUUCACACAACUGAUGGAGAUACCAAUGAUGUUCCGUCAUUUUUCAGCAGGGAUGCAGAAAAAGAACAAGAUUUCUGUCCAGCAAAGAAACUGACAGGAGAAACUAAAACUGAACAAGAUAAGAAAUUUAGUCUGUGGCUGUGUCAGAUGCAAAUCUUUCUUACAACUAAGUUCUUUCCUGCCUACCAGCAUGAAAAAGUGCUGAGGGAAAAAAUAAGAGAAAAUCAAAUACGGGAUGCUGAAUUAGCUGAGCUGAGAAAAAUCGAGGAUGAGGAGCUGGGAAAAGUUAUUGCUGAAAGAAAAGCAGAAGAGGCAAAAAGGCAAGCAGCAGCUGCAGCAGAAACAGCACUUGAAUCCAAGAGUGCAGAGUUGAUGGUGUUAGAGGAGCCUGUCACAGAGUUAGCACCCCCUCUGAAGGAAGAGGAGCCCAUUGUAGCACCCCCAGUUGUUACCAAGACACCUGCUCGCAAAAAGAAAAAGAAGAAAUAA